AUGGCGCCUUCAGCUAUCACACCACCAGUCUUAACUCCCACAUCUCUUACCUUCCCGACCUCCAACCACACAUCCGGAGCUGUUGGUGAUACGCCCAAUUUCCACGGUUACGAUCACAUUACCUGGUACGUAGGGAACGCCAAGCAAGCUGCCUCCUACUACACCACCCGUCUCGGCUUCUAUACCAUCGCGUACAAAGGCCUCGAGACCGGAAGCCGAUACAUUGCCUCUCAUGUCGUAGCAAACGGCGAUAUCAGAUUUGUCCUUACGUCUCCCAUUAAAUCAUACUCAUGUCUCGCCGACGACGACGAGCAGAUCACUCCUGAAGAGCGGACGCUUCUAAAAGAGAUAUAUGAGCAUCUGGAGAAACACGGAGAUGCAGUCAAAGACGUGGCCUUUGAAGUCGACGAUGUGGAAGCCGUAUAUCGGAAUGCAGUCGAGCAAGGCGCCGUCUCAGUCCAACCUCCCCGCAGAGCCUUAGACAAGAACAAUUACGGGUCGGUCUCAACAGCCAUUAUCAAAACAUACGGCGAUACAACCCACACCCUGAUCUCCCGCUACUCAUACGACGGCGUCUUCCUCCCUGGAUACAAGGCCAUCCCCGCCUCAAAAGUCGACCCCCUCCAACAACUCCUCCCCACCGUCACCCUCUCCGCAAUCGACCACUGCGUCGGCAACCAAGACUGGGGCGCCAUGGAAGAAGCCUGCGCCUACUAUGAAAAAUGCCUCUCCUUCCACCGCUUCUGGUCCGUCGACGACUCCCAAAUAUCCACCGAAUUCUCCGCCCUAAACUCCAUCGUCAUGGCAUCCCCCAACAACGUCGUCAAAAUGCCCAUCAACGAACCCGCCCCCGGCAAGAAAAAGAGCCAAAUCGAGGAGUACGUAGAAUUCUACGGCGGUGCCGGCGUGCAGCACAUAGCGCUACGGACAAACGAUAUCAUCUCCGCAGUGUCCAACAUGCGCGCGCGGGGCGUGGAAUUCAUAAGCGUCCCCGAGACGUACUAUACCACGAUGCGGCAGCGUCUCAAGACCGAUAAGCGGAGCUGGGCGCUCCAAGAGGAUUUCGAUACGAUUCAGAAACUCAAUAUCCUGAUUGAUUUUGACGAGGGUGGAUACCUGCUGCAGCUGUUCACGAAACCGCUGAUGGAUCGCCCGACGGUGUUUAUUGAGAUUAUUCAACGGAAUGAAUUUGAUGGGUUUGGAGCUGGUAAUUUUAAGAGCCUGUUUGAGGCUAUUGAGAGGGAGCAGGAGGAACGGGGGAAUUUGUAG